AGGGAUUUUCUACCACGAGGUUCUGGAAUUGUAACAAGACGACCAUUGGUCUUGCAACUCAUCACUGCCAAAACAGAAUAUGCUGAAUUCCUACACUGCAAAGGGAGGAAGUUUACUGAUUUUGAUGAAGUUCGACAAGAAAUUGAAGUAGAAACAGAUAGAAUAACAGGAGUGAACAAAGGCAUUUCUUCAAUUCCUAUUAAUUUAAGAAUAUAUUCUCCACAUGUAUUAAGUCUGACUCUUAUUGAUUUGCCGGGAGUCACUAAAGUGCCCGUAGGGGAUCAGCCUCCAGAUAUUGAGCAGCAGAUCAAAGACAUGAUAAUGCAGUUCAUCUCUCGAGAAAACUGUCUGAUACUGGCUGUGACUCCAGCUAACACUGAUCUGGCCAACUCUGAUGCACUGAAGUUAGCUAAGGAAGUGGACCCUCAAGGUCUUAGGACCAUCGGUGUGAUCACAAAAUUGGAUCUGAUGGAUGAAGGAACAGAUGCAAGAGAAAUUCUAGAAAACAGACUAUUCCCUCUUCGUAGAGGUUAUAUUGGUGUCGUAAACAGAAGCCAGAAAGACAUUGAUGGGAAGAAGGACAUAAAGGCAGCUCUUCUAGCAGAAAGGAAAUUCUUUCUUUCCCACCCAGCAUACAGGCACAUGGCAGAUCGGAUGGGAACACCAUAUCUCCAAAAAGUUCUAAACCAGCAACUUACCAAUCAUAUUCGGGAUACCUUGCCAACCUUUCGAAGCAAACUCCAGGGCCAGCUGCUUUCUAUAGAACAUGAAGUAGAGGUAUACAAAAACUUCAGACCAGAAGAUCCAACCAGAACAACAAAAGCCCUGUUGCAGAUGGUACAACAGUUUUCAGUGGACUUUGAAAAAAGAAUUGAAGGAUCAGGAGACCAGGUUGAUACACUAGAACUUUCAGGAGGUGCCAAAAUCAAUCGUAUUUUCCAUGAACGUUUUCCUUUUGAACUAGUGAAGAUGGAAUUCAACGAGAAAGAACUGCGGAGAGAAAUAAGUUAUGCCAUCAAGAACAUACAUGGUAUCAGAACAGGUUUAUUUACUCCAGAUAUGGCGUUUGAAGCCAUUGUUAAAAAACAGAUAGUCAAGCUGAAAGGACCUUGCUUAAAAAGUGUGGAUUUGGUGAUGCAAGAGUUAAUCAACACUGUUAAGAAGUGCACAAAAAAGUUGGCAACAUAUCCAAGGUUGUGUGAGGAAACAGAAAGAAUUGUUGCCAGCUACAUUCGUGAAAGAGAAGAGAAAACCAAGAAUCAGGUGCUGUUAUUGAUUGAUAUCCAGGUUUCUUACAUUAACACCAACCAUGAAGACUUCAUUGGCUUUGCAAAUGCCCAACAAAGAAGCAGUCAGGUUAACAAAAGUGCAGUGGGAAAUAAGGGAACCAAUCUACCGCCUUCAAGGCAAAUUGUGAUCCGGAAAGGCUGGCUGACGAUAAACAAUAUUGGCAUCAUGAAAGGAGGAUCCAAGGAAUACUGGUUCGUUCUAACUGCAGAAAGCCUGUCCUGGUAUAAAGAUGAUGAGGAAAAAGAAAAGAAGUAUAUGCUUCCCUUGGACAACUUGAAAGUGCGAGAUGUUGAAAAGAGCUUCAUGUCUAGCAAACAUGUCUUUGCAUUGUUUAACACAGAGCAGAGGAACGUUUACAAGGAUUACCGUUUCCUUGAGCUAGCCUGUGACUCCCAGGAGGAGGUGGAUAGCUGGAAGGCAUCUCUGCUACGAGCCGGUGUCUAUCCUGAUAAAUCCUCAGGGAACAACAGAACUGAAAAUGAGGAGAACGGCCAAGCAGACAAUUUUUCAAUGGAUCCCCAGCUGGAGAGACAGGUGGAGACAAUUCGAAAUCUUGUGGACUCCUACAUGUCUAUUAUCAACAAAUGUAUCCGAGAUUUGAUACCAAAAACAAUCAUGCAUCUUAUGAUCAAUAAUGUAAAAGAAUUUAUCAAUGCAGAGCUCCUGGCUCACUUGUAUUCUUCUGAGGACCAAAACACUCUAAUGGAGGAGUCAGCUGAACAAGCACAGAGGCGAGAUGAAAUACUCCGCAUGUACCAAGCACUAAAGGAAGCCCUGGCAAUCAUUGGUGAUAUUAGCACCAGCACUGUCUCAACCCCUGCACCCCCUCCAGUAGAUGACUCUUGGCUUCAGCAGGCCCGCAGAUCACCUCCUCCAAGUCCUUCCAUUCAGAAGAGGCCUACAUUAAACACUCCCCCAACCAGGCCUUUAUCUGGCCGAGGACCUGCUCCUGCAAUCCCAUCUCCAGGCCCUCAGUCAGGGGCUCCGCCAGUCCCGUUCCGCCCAGGACCACUGCCUCCCUUCCCAAGUGGUGGUGAAGCCCUUGGAGGACCUCCCCAGAUCCCCUCUCGGCCCACGCGGGCUCCUCCCAGUGUCCCAAGGUAA